AUGUCCUAUGGGUCUAUUGCUGGCGGUGGGGGCCUGGGGGGCCGCAGCCCAUUCGAGGGCCCCUCGAGACAUGGCUACCAGCCCCUAGAGUGCUCUAAAUGCUGGACCGAGUACGGAAUCCGUCACUUUCCCUGCCCGUCACCAGAGCGCAGCGCACAGGACCCCCAAGUGGGGAAGGAUGGGGCAGGCCACCUGGGGCCAGUGGCGGGCACACCCAGAGGCCCAAGGGCCCGGAAGCGAGGGCCGGGGGUCACUCCCGAAGGUAGCUGGACGCCGGAGCCCACCACUGCCGCUGGGCCCCUGGGCCGCAUGGCAGGGCCCUGUGCUGUCCGGGCCAAGAAGAGGAAGCCCAACUUCUGCCCGCAGGAGACGGAGGUCCUGGUGGCCAAGGUCAGCAAACACCACCAGCUGCUGUUCGGCACCGGGCUGCACAAGGUCGAGCCAGCGCGCAAGUACCGCGUGUGGAGCCGCAUCCUGCAGGCUGUCAAUGCGCUGGGUUACUGCCGCCGCGACGUCGUCGACCUCAAGCACAAGUGGAGGGACCUGCGGGCCGUGGUGCGGCGCAAGCUGGCCGAGGUGCGCACGGCGGCCCCGGGGCCCAGCACCCUGACCCUCACGCCCGUGGAGCAGGUUGUGGCCAAGACCUUCUCCUGCCAGGCGCAUGAGGGCUCCGGCCUGGAGCCACCCGGAGCUGCCCCGGUGGACUCGAGUGAGUUCCAGGAGCUGUUCCAGGCAACCACAGCUGGCGUCUUCCGCAUCAACUCCAAUGUGACUUCCCUGGAACGGAGCCUCCGAUCCCUGGGGACAUCAAGUGACACUCAGGAGCUACGCGACAAUCUGCACACGAUACAGCAGGAGACCAAUGCCACUGUGGCCUCCAGCACCAGGGCCCUGAAGCAACUGUCGGAGCUCCUGUCCUCACUUUUGUUUUUGCAGCAGGAACGUCUUCAGAUGGACCGCCUGAAAACCCAGCUGUCAGAUGCCAUUCAGCACUACGGAGCUGUCCAGAAGAAAGUUGCAGACAAGUCCAGAGCACUGCUUCCCACGGCCCAGAGAGGCGGCAGACAGAGUCCCCGGACCUCUUUUGCUGAGCUACCCGAUAGCGAGAAGAUCUUCAACGGGGGAGACGGCGUGUGGCCGAGUCAGGGGCAGGUGCUGCUCUCAGAGCUCACGGAGGACGACCUCGAGGCCAUCCGGCUGCGGGACGAGGCCAUCCUGAAGAUUGAGAGCGACUUGCUGGAUGUGAACCAGGUUAUCAAGGAUUUGGCCUCCAUGGUGUCUGAGCAAGGAGAAGCUAUCGACAGUAUUGAAGCCAGCAUCGAGGCCGCUUCCUCGCAUGCAGAGUUGGCCCGGGAGCUCCUGGCCGGAGCCAGCCGGCACCAAUUCCAGAGACGAAAGGUCAAGUGCUACUUCUUGUCGGCUGGAGUUGCUGUCCUGCUUGUCGUCAUCCUCAUCAUUGCCACCUCUGUCCGAAAGUGA